CUUCUUUCCCAUCAUUCGCUUCCUCGCUUCCUCGCUUCCUCGCUUCCUCGCUUCCCUCCUCGUUUCUCUUUACUCUGAGUAGUUACCCCGGGCAAGCCACUAUUUCCUAUUUCCCAUGCCCGUCGUCGUCGUCGCCUGUCGCUCUUUUAAACACCCCAUCAUUUUCAGCACAAUACGAGGUGGAGAUAAGACACUUCACACAGACAAACAAACUGCGGAGCUUUGGUGGGCUCGCCAUCAGGCUAGUUGUAGUUACACACGCCCCGGCGCCGCUUUUCGAGUGGAAGAGGGUACGGGAGUGAGAGAGAGAGAGAGAGAGAGAGUGGGAGCCAAAGAGCACACAUACAUAUAUAUAUAUAUACCCUUUCAACAGAUAUCGAGGGGGAAACCGAUAUUUGAAAAAAAACAAAAGAUUCGACGGCGGAGAGAGAACCUCGGAUGACAAAACCUUCUCGCAACUGCUAGUUAACUUAAUUUAAAGUUAAAUAUCCGACGAAGGUUGCCGAGAUGUGGCGGAGAUCGCACCGGACCCUGUCCACGGUCGUGGCAUCGCUCCUGAUCCAAUGUCUCAGAUACGCUCUACUGGUCGAUGCAACUCCCGCCUCAACUUGCCCAGCCCAACACGACAGUCUCCCGGACUUUGUGCUUGAAUAUGGUAGGUUGAUGAAGUGGAAGAGCUUUUCUUCUUCUUCUAACUUUAUUUCCCACUUUAUUUCUAUUUUUAUUUCUAUUUUAUUUCUGGUUCAGUGCUAUACUGCCAGUCAUUGUAUGCCCCUAUGAACGGAAGAAUGAGCGAAAAAUGGUAGCAUCAAUAUAUUCUCGUCACUCUUUCUAACAAAAUAUUUCCCAUAAACUACCACCACCAUGUAGCCCCCCUGAUCUACCUGCACAGCGAAGACCCAUACAUGCCCUCCGCGUUCGCGACGCUGCUUGAAAACUCAAUCCCCACAAUCAACUAUACGCCUGUCGCAGAUGUCCCGUCGCCCCUGACGCUCGGCAAUCUUGAUUCGCUGAAUAUUCUGGGCGGUGAGGAUAUCUUCCUCACCUCGAAAGAGGGCAUCAGAGCGCUUCCGGAGUGGUUCAGGGGCACCAGACCCGAUAGGACUGGAAAGACUGUGGACGCUGUCUCGUCCGUCAUUGUUGUGAGGGACCAUGGUGAUGGGAAGACGGUUGAUGUGUUUUAUUUUUAUUACUUUGCGUAUAACCAAGGAAACACGGUCAUCGGGAUCCAAUUCGGCAACCAUGUCGGGGACUGGGAACACAACAUGAUCCGCUUCGAAAAUGGGGCGCCACAGGCUAUCUGGUACAGCCAGCAUUCAGCCGGUCAGGCAUUCACCUACGAAGCUACGGAGAAGCAGGGUCUCCGUCCAGUGGGGUAUAGCUCCAAUGGAUCGCAUGCUGUCUAUUCAACUCCUGGAACCCACGACCACACCAUCCCAGGCUUCAACCUGCCGGGCGGCCUCCUCGAAGACGAAACAGACAGAGGCGUCCUGUGGGAUCCCCUCCUGAGCGCGUACGCAUACAGCUACGACAACGCCACCGAGAUAUUCACGCCGUACGAUGCCAGCACGCCCACGAGCUACCUGUAUUUCGACGGCAGGUGGGGUGACCAGCAGCUGCCCGAUGAUGCGGAGGGGCAGAUCGUCCUGUUUGGACAGCGGAAGUAUGUCUCUGCACCUAAUGGGGUGAAGUUCAAGCGGCUGGUGAGGGAGGAGGUUUGUCCUGGGGAUGGGGAGUGUGUUAUUUAUGAUGAGGUUAGGGUGAAGAGGAGGGGUGUGUAAGAGUGGAGGGGCGUUUAUAUACAUACCUACUUAAUGAGGGCAUUCUAAUUCUAUCUGUUACGAGGUUCAAUGGUGAAUGCGGAGGCGAGUGGUUUCCUUUUUCUGUGUGAGGAUAUGACAUGAACCUGCGUUGAUUGAUUGCCUUGAUUGUUUUGCGCUGGCUUUCCUUUGUGUGUUUCCCCUUGAAUGACUUAAAAUUUAUGAUACCCCUGCCAUGGACGAAUGAGGAACUUGAAGGCGCUGCGGGGGAUUGAGGUAAGGAAGGAAUUAUGUAUUUUUUCUCUCAGGAAACAAUAGUUAUAGCCUCGGGCUCUCUCUUUUCCCAAAGCGGCCGAGAACCUUUCUUUCUUAGCUUCAGCGAAUGUACUCCGUAGAGUUAGUUAUAUCCCUCCAUCGCCUCAAUGGCCAACGGGCAGACGAGCGGGGGUGGGUUGUUGUUGAGUUGCAAUGUUCCUCCCACUUAGAUGUAUUCAGUCAUGGGUCGAUCUCUAUGUAUGUAUGUAGGAACCACAUUUUCCCACCAGCCACAUCUCCCUUGACGCCCUGCUUCCUGCUUUCCUGCAG